ACUCUGAGACUCUACCAGGAACUACUUCUAGAGGAACUCAGCAGCAACAAACACUCACAAUUCAGAGGAAAUAACCACCAGAAACCGGACCAACGGACUUCUCUGGAUAACUAUGAUGUUUAUUUCAGUUGAGGGUCUUCAGGAGUUGAGUUUUACUCGGUUUUGAGGCGUUGGAAGCUGAGAAAUGAGUUAAAAUCAAGUGAAAUGCGGAUUAUAAGACCUGAGAAGCGAACUGAAGUGAUCACUUGAAAGAUAGCUCUACAUGAGAUGCAAUCUGGAUUUCCACGCAGCCAAGAAGGGGCCUAUUCUGCAUUCCAGCACUGGAGAAACGUUGCUCUCCCAUCACCUGAGGACAUCAACGUUACACCUGUACCAGUAGUUCACCCUGAAAAUGAAAUACAAAACAACAUGGUAGUCACUCAAUAUCUCGGGGAGCUUAGAGUGGCUUACAGUCCAGCUCAGUUGCACCAAGGCUAUGGACAAUCACAACAGAAUCUCCAGGGACUCCAACACCAAAAGGAGUCACAGGCAAGCGUAGUAAGCACUGGAUUCCACCGCCCAAUACCAAAAGAUAGUGCAUGCACUUCUCGGAACAGUCGCCACCAAGACGGUAAUGCUGACUUUUAUUCAUCAGCACAAGUCUCUGCAGAGCCCAGCAGUUAUCUUGGGACAUUGGCUUAUGAGAACUCUGUAAGACAAUCCGUUAACAACCGUGGACAUCAAAUGGAAGAUUCCAUGCAAAAUUUUGGUAGACAUUUCCUGAAAAGAUCAAAUUUGGAGAAUAAUACUGGACUGCAGCAAAGACGGCAUUUGAAUUGUGCCUCAUUAGCCUGUACCAGUUCUGCAGCACUUCAGGGAGUCGCAGCAAAGACAUUUCCUUUACAGGAUCAGUGUUCUUCUGUGACUGUGAGCAAAAAGCAGGCAUCUAACCCACUGUUGGUGGCCUUACUGAAUGGAAAUCCUUCAGAUUCCAAAUCCUUUACCACCCCGUCUUUUCUGUCAGAGGAGAUUAAUGGCAAAGGUCAGCAAGUCAAAGGUUCACAAGCUGCUCUAAACUGUAGACUGACUAGAACACAAAACCCAGAUCAUUCAAGAGGAACUCCUUCCAGCCCCCAUCAGCAGCAGGUCUUCCCUCCGUCUCUCAGCAGUCAGUCAUCCACACACAAAGUCUUGCCAGUUGGAGAGACGGAACCACCUACAGAUGCAGAAAUAUAUGACUUUAUUGAACGAAAGAUCGCAUAUUUUAUGACUGUUUUAACUCAGAAAGAGAGAAAUUAUGAACAUAAUGCGUGGGACGGGGACUCCACACUGCAGUCUGACGACACCAUGCCAAACAGUAUUGCCCAUCUCCCCACAACCUCUGCCUUUGACAAAGAUGUGGAGAGGCAAAGUCUCAACUGUACUGUGAUUGAGGAGUGCACUGCAGCAGUUGGACAAGCACUUGAAGAGGACUGUUCAAAGGACACCAAAGCAAACGCUGAGUUAAUGCCCAAGUUUAAAGAGACGGAUGAUUGUGUUACAUAUGCAUCAAUGAAACAUUCAACAGGUACACUAGUCUCUGCUGUAGGCAACUCAAAACAUGCUUGUGAAAGUGAAUUUGUUAAGAAGAGUGCAUCUGUAGAUUUCGAUUUGACCGUAAAAAAAAACUUGGACGCAACUAUGCCUGCAAAUGGCUAUUGCAAACUUGUUUAUUCCGAUGACUGUGGCAAAUCUUUUGAACUUGCAUCACUCGUUGAAAAUCAAGACGCAAAUACAAAAAAGAGGAAAAAUGUUGACGAACAUUGCGGUGUGACCUGUGAGGAAGCAAUUCCUUAUUCCGAGCUAGAUUCACCAGUUGAUAAAAUUCAGAUUACUAAUAUAGUAUCAAUUGCUGCAAACCAAAGUGAAUGGCUGAGCGACCAAACAAGUGAUGAAGGUGCGAGGGAGGAUGCAGGCUCUGUGCAUUCACAAACUGAUUUAUGCAUAGCACUUUAUGAAAACAAAGUCAAAGAGCAUGCCACUCAAUCUGAAAGAGAGGGCGAGGAAGCACGACCAAAAUAUGAGGACAUUUCGGACGAUGACCCGUCACAGCUGAUCACAACUGUCGCAAACACAGAGCAUGGAGGAUUAAGCAUUCCAGCAUGGAUUAAAGACUCACAGUAUGAAAAUGUAAGUGACGCUGACAAUCCAAAGAAUGAAUAUAUGACUGUGGAGACGUCUCAAGUACCUGAACCCAGAGAUGAGCAGUCACCACUUGAAAAUGAAGGCUAUGGACAUGUGCAGGGUCAGGCUCAGAUUAAAACAGAAAUCCUUACAGAUGAGGAAGCGAUUCCAAAGCAGCAGGUUUCACUAAAGACAGAAACACUUGAAAUAGCACAGCAUUGUUCUUCAUGUUUUGUUGAACCUGAUUACGGUUUUGAAGAUCUAUCAAAUCCUAAAUGUAACCGUGAAACACAAACAAACCACUUUGUUUCAAAUAUUCCCUCCUUUGUUUUGAAAGCUGAAGAUGAGACUGAUGAUGAGAUGGAUUAUGACUGUUUAGAUAUAAGCGUGUUAGACCUUAAAUUUGAACCAGAAGAUGAAGACCAGGAUAGCCUAGAAAAAAGUGUGCUAGAAGUUGGGGAAACAGAAGACGAAGAAAGACAGUGUGACACAAGUCCAACACCUCCGAAACCAGUACUAGCUUUUGAUUUUCCCCAGCUGCCAGUGUACGACACAAAAGAGAGCUUUAUACAAGCUGUGACAUGUAGAUUUGAGGUGGCAUCAGGCGAGAGCACACCUGAACAUGAAAUGGUCUCUGAGGAAGCUCAGAACAGGAGACAGUCUGUAGACAGCUGUGUAACUGAAGACAGUUGUGAUUACUCAUCUGCAUCGGAACACAACUAUUUGACAGUGUCCAGGAAGAUGUUGAAGAAGAGGUCAGCACCUCGGCCAUCCAAGACUGAUGUAUCCGCGUCUGAAAAAGAGGGCGAAGGCGAUGAGUUUGCAAAUAUGCAAAAAGGUCAAACUAGGAGCUUCGACAAGUCUGGCUGUAUGCAAAAACUCAGACGACUGAUUGAAGCCAGAGCUGGCUGCUCUAAGGAUGUUCAACCCGAGACCAAUGGACAACAGAUUUCAACAAAGGAUGAUGUAAUAGUCAUAGUUUCUGACACAGAGGAUGAAGGUGAUCACUACUGCAAAAGGGCAAAAAGGAAGAGAAAAGAAAAAAGAAUCUUGUUCUCUUCAGCCUCAGAGGACAGUGGAGAUGCCCCAUGUAGUCAACAAAAGAGACAUUCGCCUGGAACUGUGGGCCGUCAGUGUGGAACUGUUAAAGAAAAGCUUCCAGAAAACAGACUGCCAUCUGCAGACUCAUCAGCACCUCAGCACCGAUCUAACCAUGAUACACCGACUGAAGAAAUGCUGCAGGAUGCAAGCUCUGACCUGUCACACAGUGCAGGACAGAUUAAAACCAAAGCUGCCUCUGAGCAUGUUGAAGGUGUAAUAAAUGUUGACUCUGACACCGAGGAUGACAAUGACCAAAAAUACAAAAAGCCAAGAAGGAUGAGAUUUUUCUCUUCAGAUUCGGACAGUGGCGAUGCCCCGUGUGUUGAACCUGAAACCAGACUGUCUUCUGCAGACUCAUCACUGCCACAGCGCCAGUCUAAACUUCAUGAUACACAGUUAAAAGACGUGAUGCCGGAUGCAUGCUCUGACCUGUCGCACAAUAGAAAAAAGAGUGGACUGCCGAUUGAAGCUAAAAGUGGCUCUGCAGAUGUUCGACACAAGGCCGACAGACAAACGGUAUCAAAAAAAAGAGUAGUUUUCCACGAUUCUGUGGUUGAAGAAGGCCAUUUCAGCAAAAAGAAGGAAGAUAAAAAAGGAAUCUCAUCAGGAUCAGGGGACAGUAGUGGUGAUUUAUUUGCCACAAAAAGCAGACGAUCAACUGAAACUGUGGACCGUCUUUGUGGAACUGCUAACAAAAAGCCUAAAAGAAAAAGACUGUCAUCUGAAGACUCAGAGCAGCAGCCCUGGUCUUUGGACAUGGAGGUACACUCCACUUUGGGUUCUAAUCCUGUGAUUCCUCGCUAUAUUGUGAAGUGUUCUCCAUCCAAUACAUCCUUGAUACUUUUAAAAGAACCUAGAGUCCACAGGCGGGGUAAAGAUGGAACUCGGUCUUCACAGACCUCCACAGCAUCCAGCAAAAAGACUGACUCCCGUGAAAAGAAUAAAGCCCCAUUGCACAGAAAUAAACCUGUAAAUGAUCGACACCAUGCAACAAAGCAUAACGUUCAGGCAAACGUACCAAAACCCAGAAUAUCAAGACAACUUUCCUCACAUAGGCAGGAAGGCCCAUCCACCUCCUUCAGUAGCUUGUCUUCCACAAGCUCAGCUUCCUCAAGAGGUUUGUCUUCGUCUGGAGAAACCUCUGCCUCCUCUAGUCUUCCUUCAUCUAAGCAGAGCACAUCUAUUCCCAGACAAUAUUUGCCUUUGUCCAAACUACAGCGGUCUCACUCCUAUGGCAGCCCCUCAACAUCAUCUUCUGCAACCAUGCCAUUAUCGGCAAAGGAACAACUGAACAAAGACUGGAAGGACAGCUUUUUCCCAACCAAGAGGGACAAAAAACACAGCGUGAGGAUAGAGGAGGACUUCAAAGCCACAAAUGAUACGUUGUGGGAAGUUAGACCAGGACCUAGUCCCCACGACAAGACACCCAGACAGAGGCACAAGUCUGAACCCCCCCUGUUGAAGAAGAUCAAGAUUGUUGCCUUACAGAGGACAAAGGACAUAAAUCGGGAUGCCCCAAAACAAAGAUGCACUGUUGGUGAAGGUUACAAGUGGUCAAAGAAGCCAACAGUGGCAAUGCCAACAAAAGGUUCCAGCAGGGAAGGGAAGAAGUGUAGAUCCCCUCCAAGACCCCAUCGGUGAGAAAAGGAUGCCACUGUCUACGAAUCAGUCCAGUUUGUUUCACUCCCAAAGGGACAGGUGGUUGCUGCUGAUUCUAUCUUUUGAUUUUCCAAAAACAUGUUCUGCACGUUAAUUCUCUGUUAAUAUGCAUACUGUGAAUAUUUUAUAUUAUAUGUUACCAGCUGUUUGUGGUAACGCCAUUGAAUGUUUUGGAUGUGUUCUUUUACCAGCUACCUCAAUAUGUAUGUAAAUUCAGUGUUAAGUUGUUAAAUCUUUUUGCUCUUUCUAAACUUGAAACUUUUCAGUUAUUUCAGAUCUUUUUUAUACAUAUAUACUUUUUUAUUUUUUUGUUCUUUGAAAACUCAGCUGAUUGCACUAUUCCUAUGGAUAAUAUUGUGUCUCUUUUUAUAACAUCAAUGUGAAAAUGCAUAAAAAAUCUUAAAUGGA